AGUGUGGGAUAGUGAAUACCAGAAAACUGUAAGAAGUUACUUAGAUUCGUUUCAAUUAGUUCAGUGGCCUGUAGUCCUGGAGAAUUUGAACGAAAUUCUAUUGUUUGCCCAAGCACCGUACAGUCAUACACCUUGCAAGUCUCGAAGUAAACCAAUAACUUUUCUGCUACCCAAUGGCUUCGAAAAUUAGUUGGAUUUCCAUUUUUAUCUUAACGCUUCAUACCCCUCGCGGCCUACAUGCAAGAAGCCCCCCAAGCGCCCAAGCUCAGUUAAUUCACGAAUUCGCAAGAUCCUUUAAACACAUACACCGAGUAAGCUUGCUCUCCUGCCAUAACCUUCCGGUCAACUGCGACUUCUAUCGAACCCCUAAUCAAACAACAUCCCCAACAAGCACUACAACAAACGCUAUUAUUAACAGUCUUACAUUCGUUGAAAGUUUGUUCAAGGCCGAAGGCAUUUUAAUCAAAGUCCUUGCAAUUGAUACACUGUCUGCCUCAUGGUCGACAGCGUCCAGUCGAAUGGAACUUUGGAAAUCCUUUUUGCAAAGCGAAGACCAUAGACAAGUUGUUGUCUUGAAUUUGUCCUGUGGCAACAAUAGUCUGGAAAUCCUCGAACUGGCAUCUUAUGAAGGGUUUUUCAACUCCUCGUAUCAUUGGCUGCUGAUAGACGAAGAUGGAGGAGAAAGGGAAUUCCGAGCUGGAGCUGAAGCGGAUUGCAAGGAUUAUAGUGUUAAUCGGUCCAGAAAAGUUGAUGAUUCCCGGCCCGUAGACGAGUUUGAAUACAAAAGGAGUACCGAACGUUUGCAAUAUAUUGAAUUUCUUUCCAAACUUAAUAUCAGCAUGAAUACUGAGCUUCUGUUUGCAAAAAGGAAUGACCGAGAUGGUAUAUAUGUAUUGUAUGACAUAUGGAGUCCUGGACGACAAUACGGAGGUGAAUUGAACGUAACUGAAGUCGGACGAUUCUCACAACAUGACGGCCUGCAAAUGUACAAUUGGUUCAAAGAAACAACCUCAAUUGUCCGACGAAUGGACACGAAAAAUGCCCUCAUUCGAUGCAUGAUUGUAAUUACCAGCCACAUGACCGAGAACUUUGAGGAUUACUUGAAUCACCAGCAUAAUCCCCAUUUGGAUUCAAUGCACCGAUUCAAUUUCAAUCUUCUGUCACACGUUCGAGACAUGUUCAAUUUCAGAUUUCAUCUAUUCCGUACCAAUUCCUGGGGUUAUUUGAAAAAUGGAACGUUCGACGGGAUGAUCGGAGCCUUGGUGAGACGCGAGGUUGAUAUUGGGGGCUCCCCGGUUUUCUUUCAUGAGGAACGUGCCGCCGUGAUUGAUUAUACGACGAGGACAUGGAUUGCAAGGCCCUGCUUCAUAUUUCGACAUCCAAAUUCAACCCGUUACAUGCGAAAUAUUUUCCUGCAACCAUUUUCAAAUCAAGUGUGGAUAUGCAUUGGUAUCUGUGGCCUAGUAUCUGUUGUUAUUCUGUGGCAUCUAAGGCACACCGAGGAAAAUCUUCUGGACGAAAUGGAUACCACCGACACUUUAACAAAUCGAGGGAAACGAAUUCAUGGACGCAACUGCAAUCUUCGAGAUUUUCUUGCAAGCAUUCUCAAUUGUCGUCAUAAAUCACAACUUGCAAUUGUGCUAAGACGCUUCUUUGGGAAGUUCUUCUAUACCCGGAAGGCUCCCCAUCCGAUAGCAACUCCAGCAAAUGCCACAACUUGCUUUCAAACUAAAACGGAUUAUCGUAAUUUUCCCAAUAAUAGCAACAACCACAGAAAAGAUUUUCGAUUGUCCCGUCCGUUUUGCUCCUGCAAGUUGAACGACGCAACUGAAGGACUUGAAGAUACUCCUAGGGCAAAGGAUGAUUGUUCCAGAACGAGUAAUGCAAACGAAGCCAAUAUUUGUGCAAUGAGCAAUGUUGGAAAAUAUUCAAAACGGACAACAAUGCCGGCUACUUAUUUACAGCAAAACAGAAGAAAAGAUCGUUUAUCUUGGCUGAAUUUGAAUGGAAGCUCAAAUGAAAUAGCUCCUUGGGGCACAUCCAGAUCAUUUCAAUGUUGCAUCCUGUUUUUUAUUGCAGCGAUUUGUCAGCAAGGACCUCAUUAUUCCUGUCAUCUAGUAUCCGGUCGCGUUGUUAUCCUUUCGACUUUGCUCUUCGCAUUUUGCAUCAGUCAAUUCUAUUCAGGAACCAUUGUCGGAACUCGACUAAUGGAAAAACCAAAAACAAUGAAGAACAUUCGCGAUUUAAUCGAUAGCUCAUUGGAGGUUGCCAUCGAGGAUAUUCUGUACACUCAUGACUAUUUUCGACGAACAACUGAUCCGGAUGCUAUCGAACUCUAUCGGAGAAAAAUCAGUCAACCUGUCGACGUUGAGAGGAAAUCCGACACAGGAUGGAAUGGGCGGCAUAGUAUUAAUAACAACAAGGGGGCGGCGAGUAAUGAAAGUCAGGUUUUCACAAUUCCACCUGGAGGUCGGCAAGGUGGCAGGAAAAUGUUUCGCGGAGAGGCGGUAAAAGGUGUCGCCGGAGUCAAGCAACGCUGGCUGAGCCCGGAAAAGGGUCUGGAAUUAAUGAAAGCUGGUGGAUAUGCCUUUCAUGUGGAUGUGGCCACGGCGUAUAAAAUAAUAAGAGAAACAUUUACAGAACAAGAAAUAUGCGCGCUGACCGAAAUCCAACUAUUUCCACCUCAAAAGAUGGUUGGAAUUGUACAAAAAGGAUCUCCGUUGAGGAAAAUGAUUACUUACGGAUUACGACGAACAGCCGAGACAGGUCUAAUGGAUCGCCAGCGAAAACUUUGGCAUUCACCAAAACCACCCUGCGUCAGGCAGAUUCAGCCGAUUAACUUGAGGGUCGAAAUGGAAACGGUCGCGUCAGCACUUUUUGUACUUAUCUUUGGCUUAGCAGCGAGCGGGAUGAUUCUAGCCCUUGAGGUAUCUUACGAUUUAUGGCAGAGGAGAAGCACCGCCAGCAAAUCUGCGGAUAUUGGACAGGAAUGGCGCCGAACCGCCGAGGAGCAGCACAAACAGCGAUGCAACCAUCCGGCAGCAUCUCCCAAGGAUAAUGUCGGCGAGAAAGACUUUGAAUUCGUCAACUAGGGAUUACGCUUUAUGAAUACUCGAGAGCAACAAACCCCUCCGCAAAAUAUACAUGUACCACAUGCCAGCACCACCCCAUCCUGCAAUACCAACGGCAAACUUUGGCCAUCACCGAAAAAAUACAGAUAAGUACACGGUCUUUGUUCCGCCAGCGAAAAUAAUAUUUCUGAAUGGACCUGGGAGCGGGACGUGGUAUCACUUGGCCAGGAGUAUCCUGGAAGCAUGACUAUGCAAAAAUAAAGCCCAUAAUGCACUCAUGCACGAGCAUUAAAUAUGUUUUACUACAUUUGUUCGGAACUAUCGCAUGGCUCUAUUGGAAAACGGAUUUCGGAUGCGGUUGUUAUGGGAGAUUUUCCGUGUAGACAUUUUGCCCUCGUGGAGCGGUAAUCCUCAAAGCUAUGAUUAUCUGAUCCUGCUACGAAUUCCGACCAGGUUUGUGUCGUUUAGAUGGAAUUGAAUUGUGGUUGCGAGAUAACGGCAGAAAACAAUGGUGUGUGGAUUUGGCCGGGUCGCAGGCGAUUAACUUAUGUUUUGGAAUUAUUUAACAUUGUCCUGGACGGAAGCGGAUAAUGCAUCAUCUUUGAAUUACUAGAACGGAAUUAUGGGGAAACAGAAAAGUCGA